ACAAUAAUUCUACUUCCGGUAAAUGGUUGCUAAGUAACGGCCAGAAUGCUCGUCUCCUCCUCGGUCGUAAAUGCUAGCUAAAAGUUAGCUUCCAGUGUCGGUGAAUGCGCUGACGCGUGUUCGUUGUUGUCCGUGAAUUGUGUUGUUUAAAGACAAUGAACGUCAUUAAAGAUGGCGAUUAUACGGCGACUGUCUACAAACUGAUCCAGGACUGUCAGUACGGAGAAGCUUGUCACAUCCUAAACACACAACUGCACAAACACAACAAGUCCAGAGCGGCGCUGUCUCUGCUGGGGUUCUGCUACUACCACCUGCAGGACUUCCCCGCCGCGGCAGAAUGCUACGAGCAGCUCACGCAGCUGCACCCAGAGGUGGAGGAGUACAAGCUCUACUACGCCCAGUCCCUGUACAAAGCUGGAGCUUAUGCUGAAGCCACGAAGGCCUCUUUCGCUCUGGACAACCCCGCCUCCCACCUGAAGAUGGUCAAGCUGCAGGCCUGCAUCAAGUACUGCGAGGAGGAUCACGCCGCUGCCAAGUCGCUGCUGGAGCUGCUGCCGCAGGAAGACUCUGACUACGUCUACAACACGGGCUGCCUGCUCUACCAGGAGGGCAAGUACGAGGACGCCUGCCGGAGCUUCAUGUCUGCCGUUCAGGUGCUGGGAUUCGUCCCCGCUCUGUACUACAACGUGGCGCUGACCUUCUACAGCCUGAAGAACUACCCCCAGGCGCUCAAAUACAUCGCAGAGAUCAUCGAGCGAGGGAUCAAGGAGCAUCCGGAGCUGAGUGUGGGAGUUUCCACGGAGGGGGCAGACGUGCACAGCGUGGGGAACACCCUGUUGCUGCAUCAGUCGGCCCUGAUCGAGGCCUUCAACCUGAAGGCUGCCAUCGAAUUCCAGCUGAAGAACCUGAAAGCAGCGCAGGAGGCCCUGACUGACAUGCCCCCCCGAUCAGAGGAGGAGCUUGACCCGGUGACCUUGCACAACCAGGCCCUCAUGAACAUGGACCCCCGGCCCUCUGAAGGCUUCGAGAAGCUCUCCUUCCUCGUCCAGCAGCCCGCCUUUCCUCCUGUCUGCUUCGGAAACCUGCUGCUGCUUUACUGCAAAAACGAGUAUUUCGACCUGGCGGCCGACGUUCUGGCAGAAAACGCUCAUCUCACCUACAAGUUCCUGUCUCCGUACAUGUACGAGUAUCUGGACGCUUCGCUGACCAGCCAGACGGCCCCGGAGGAGGCGUUAAGGAAGUUUGAAGAGAUGAGCGGGAAACUGACGGAGCAGCAUCGGAAGCUGACGAAGCAGGUGCAGGACGCCCGCCUGUCCCGAGACGAGGAGGCGCAGAAGAAAGCGCUGCAGGAGUACGACCUGAUGGUGGAGAGGUACAUCGUGGUCCUCAUGGGCCAGGCCAAGAUCUACUGGAACCACGAAAACUUCCAGAUGGUGGAGAAGCUUUUCCGCGGUUCUCUGGACGCCUGCAAAGACUGCGACACCUGGAAGCUGAACGUGGCCCACGUGCUCUUCAUGCAGAACAAGUACAAGGAGGCCAUCGGCUUCUACGAGCCCAUCGUCAAGAAGCACUACGACAACAUCCUGAGCGUCAGCGCGGUGGUCCUGGCCAACCUGUGCGUGUCCUACAUCAUGACCAACCAGAACGAGGAGGCUGAAGAGCUGAUGAGGAAGAUCGAGAAAGAGGAGGAGCAGAUCUCCUACGACGACCCAGACAAGAAGGUGUUCCACCUCUGCAUCGUCAACCUGGUGAUCGGGACUCUGUACUGCGCCAAAGGGAACUACGACUUCGGCAUCUCCCGAGUCAUCAAGAGCCUGGAGCCGUACAGCAAGAAGCUGGGAACCGACACCUGGUUCUACGCCAAACGCUGCUUCCUGUCCCUGCUGGAGAACAUGUCCAAAGACAUGGUGCCGCUGCGGGACGCCAUGGUCCAGGAGUGCGUCCAGUUCCUGGAGCACUGCGAGACGUACGGGAAGGAGGUGCCGGCCCUCAUCGAGCAGCCUCUGGAGGAGAACCCGGUUCACCUGGGGAAGAACACCGUCACCUACGAGGCCCGGGUGCUGAAGGCUCUGUUCUACGCGGUGACGGGCUGGACCAAGUGAGGGACGGCGGGACACGGAGGAGAACAGACCCUGCUGCUGUGUGUUCAGCAGACCGGCUCUGAUCCGACACGGAAGGGUUCACACGGACCCGGCAGACGGUUUCAGAAGCUUUCUUUAUUCCACUAACAUGAUGUCAACUUUCAUGCAGCUCCUCCGUUCUGCUGCAGGUAAUUCAGCAUUAAUGCAGGAGAAUCACAUGAUCUGAUUGGCCCCUACCUGUAAAUACUAGAUGAAUGUAUUUUCAAAAUAAAAGCAUUCUAAUGCAGCUUCAAAGACUCUAAAAUUCAGGAAUGAAUCUCAGAGAAUCUUUUCAGCUUUUUUGACUUCAAAAAUAUUUUUAUGAAAGGAUAAUAAAGAAAUGAGCUUAAAUAAAAAGGCUUCGGAGCUUUUCAGGAGACUAAAAACAUGCGUUGGAGAACACGGCCAGCGGGAGCGGCAGGCGAGACCCCCUCCUCAGGUGAAUGUGCGUUUCCCAGCGGGACAGAUUCCAGCCGAGCGCGCUCAGGACAGCGGCCUCUUGGUUAUGUCCUGCUCCGUCAGGUAGAAGUUCAGGUACCCUCCCAGAGCGCCCACCGCCACCGCCGUCAUGUGACUGGAGCAUCCAUCUGCCAGGAGACAGACAGGUGAAGGUGCAGGUCCACCACACAAAGGUGAAGGACAGAACAACAGCAGGAGUCACCAGAACCUGCAGAACUUUACA